AUGGAACUCGGCGAACAUGAGCCCGAUCCUUUCUCUAGCGAAAGCUUUUGGAGGCUUUCAAGGUUUAGCAUAGAGGCUCUACAGCCUCUGGACGAUUUACCGUGGAACGCGAGCUUGUCUGAUCACUGGCAUGUAGAUAUUCCGGAAUCUUUAUUUGCGACAUCCCUCGACCCCAUCGAUAAGAUCGAUCCCAUAUGGAAGUUGAACUUCUCGAAUGAUGUUGAACCCCCGGAGUCCUCCGUCAAUUCGAGCAUUGAACCUUCCAUAGAUGCCCGGUCCAGCGCGUCAACAGAUGAAACACAAGAGCUAGAUCUCGAGAAUAAUAUUUGGGCCCCGGAGUCUCUUCGAACAGAUCCUGAUUUCGUCGCGCCUCUUAAAUCAUGGGAGCACUUCCAGGACAGAUCAUUUCAAGAGCCCGUGUCGGCCUAUUUCAGCGAGUCGGGUGCAAAGGGGUUUGAUGCUGCGUUGGCCGAUAGAUUCCACGGAAAAAUCCAAGGAAGCGAAUGUCGUUUGAUCCGGGAAGAUUUCUUUGUGAGAUGUCUCCUGCGCCUGGGCCUCGGAUGGAGCUCCCCGCUUUUUCGUUACAAUCCUCAGACUAUGAAGUUUGAGAAAUGUCUGACAAGUUUCCGCGUCUCGGGCGUGAGUCAGUCAGUCACAGAUACUGUCUUGGAUAAUGUGAUACGGUGCGGUACAAAUAUGCAAUGCGCGCGAACAUUUGCGCGAAAUGUACAGAGCAAGUUGAAGGAUGUGUCAUCGGUGUUCACUUUGCGCAGCACUAUUGCCGUGAUCGUUUCCAACCUCGAGCGCCAAAUCUUUGGACGUUCCGCUGGUAUUGUAUCUAUGUUACAGGCGACUAUACUGUUUCAUCGUUGCGGCGACCUGAUCGAAGCCUUGGUGGAUAUUGUGAAAGCGACCGAAAAGACGACAUCAGACGCUGAAACAAUUUCGACAGUAGUGAACCAUGCGGCCUUUCUAUCCCAGAAAUAUGGCUGGAUGGAGAAUCUUGUGCAAGAAAUCGUUGUCCGGAUCACUGAACCUUGGCUAGAAUUUAUCGAGGGCUGGGUUGGACUCCGACCGGAAGCACCAGCACUCAAGGAUCUGGUUACCAACGGGAACACAUUUAUUCAAGUCGAACAAUAUGAUGAUCCUAUCAAAUUCAGGACUGGACUCUCAAGAACGGAAUACUCCUUCCGGGGGGACCAGAUGCCCUCGUUCAUUCCCGAUGACCAAGCGCAGUUGAUUUUUGAGAGCGGCAAGAGUUUACGGCUUCUGAAAAAGUCACAUCCACACCACCCCAUCGCGCGUCAUGAUGUUCUUCUUCGAGCUGGUCAUCUUCAUCUGACCUGCGCGACUACUUGGAAGGAAAUCGAGCAAAUACAACGCAAGGCCCAGGAAUACGAGGCAAAUCUUCGUGCCGAGAUCUUGCGAUAUCACAAGUUGGGGUCCUCGACAGUCCCCACAGAUCCAGAGUUUCAUCAAGAUGCCGAGCCAGACGGUAACCAAAUAGUUCAAAGCACAUUUGAACUAUUUGAUAUAGACGAUGAGAAUCGUGUGUCAGGGUCUGCAGUGGAUGGCAAGCCUAUAUUUGAAGACAAAGUCAGUGGGAUGCUUCAAAAGGCCGAAGGUGAAAUUGGGUUCAGUGAUGCAGGGUCGCGCUUUGGGCCCGAGCUAGCAUCAGAACUCUACCUUUCAUUUGCACCGGUGAUAACAUGUCAGGCUAAACUCGUUGACUUUUCAUGUCUCCACCAUUUGUUCAAGGAGCAUCGCCUUCGCCAUCAUUUGAAUCUACAAUGGCGGUUUCAACUGCUAGGGGAUGGUUCAUUUGCAUCACACCUUUCCCACUCUCUGUUCGAUCCGGAAAUGGAAAGUGGAGAACGCAAGUCUGGCGUAGUACGGAGUGGUGUUUACACAGGCUUGCGAUUGGGAAGCCGUGAUAAUUGGCCACCUGCAAGUUCCGAACUACGUCUUGUCCUUAUCGGUCUACUUGGGGACUGUUACUUCUCCGAACGAGACCCUGAAGCAUCUGACACAGCACAGGCUCAAAAAGAGAACGAGCUUCCUGGGGGUCUCAGCUUUUCAAUUCGAGAAUUGACAGGCGAAGAAAUCGAGCGUUGUCGGGACCCAAAUGCGAUAGAAGCCCUUGACUUUCUUCGCCUUCAGUAUAAACCACCUCCAAGUCUUGAAGCCCUGAUCACGGCUCGGUCACUUGGGAAAUACGAUCGCCUCUUCAAGCAUCUACUUCGUCUACUUCGAAUGAUUUCUGUUGUUAAGGGGCUCAUCCGCGACUCUACUAUUCGAGGCACUCUUUCUGGUGAUAUACGGAACUCGUUUCAGAAAUUUCGAAUUGAUGCUCAGCACUUUGUUCUCGCGAUUAGUGACUACUGCUUCCACGUUGGAAUUGGAUCGAUUUGGAACCGGUUCCAGCGCACACUCGAUAGAAUCGAACGUUGUCUCAACCGCGGUGACAUUGAUGGUACGAUCGAGGCCGCCCACUCUGUGCCUCGCCUCCGCGACCUGCACGAAGACAUACUAGAUCAAAUGCUCUUCGCAUUUUUCCUAAGCAAACGACAUGCGGCGGCUGCUAAAUUGCUGGACAAUAUCUUCAGCACAAUCCUUGCAUUUGCUCCGAUUUCAAGGGCAGAUGGCAAUAGCGGUCUUCGUCACCAGAAUGAAGGCCAGGUUCUACAUUUGUAUUCUACAUUCAGGAAGCAGGUAUCGGCCUUCGUUGGUUAUUUGCGUGGCCUUGAAUCAGGCAAGGGUGCAUCGAAAUCUAUGAUCAAAUCAGGAGCAUUCUUUGGGUUGCGAACCGAUCCGACCAGUGUUUUUGAACAUCUCCGCGUGAGAUUGGAAAUGAAAGAAUAUUAUUGA